AUAUUAUAGAUCAAAAUAAAACAAACUACAAACUGACUUUAAUUUCAAUUGUAAUUUCAUUAUGUUUUUAACGUUUUAAGGUUAAAACAUUUGAUAUGGAGGUGCCAGGACGUAAGGAGAGCAGUGAUGAUAAGGUCAAGCAAAAAUGCCAACCCUGCCUAGACGAAAAUGUCCUUCAUGAAGCUUACGGAUAUUGCAAAACAUGUGGAGAAUAUUUAUGUGAUGCUUGCUACAAAUAUCAUCGUCGACCAAAACCUUUCAAAGACCACGUUCUUGUUGAAUACAAGACUAUUAUGUCAAACGACAGAGCCCCCACGCCUCCAGACUCAGAUAAACAUAAGGUUUCAGAUGACCAGAUUCUGUAUCAAGGUGAAAAGGGUGAUGAAUUCAAGACAAAGAAAUCUCCCCCAUCAGUCCCAAGGAGAAGGAGGAUAUACAAUACAAAAUGUUAUGUUCACCCUUCAGAAGAUCUAAAAUAUCAUUGCAAAACACAUAAAUUAAUUGUAUGCAGCGAAUGUGCUUUAAAAGAGCAUAGACACUGUGAUAAGUUGGAUAACAUUCAUGAUAUUUAUGACUUUGAAAGUAAACGCAUUAAUUCAAAAAUCCAAUAUGUAGAAGAUAAAGCAGCGUAUAUACUAAAGCAAGAAACAAAUGCCAACGAAGAAUCUGACGUAUCGUAUGAGGAGGUUUUGUCACAAAUCCGUUUAGAUAGAGAGCAAGUUAACAAAUAUUUUGACGAAACAGAAAAACGCUUAAACAAUGAGGUAUAUAGAUUUCGAGAGGAAAGCAAGAAUAGGCAGACGGAGAUGCUCGAUAUAUGUCAGAAACUUAAAAAGAAAAAAGACUUAAUAAGUGAUACCAAUUUAUCAGAAAUUGAGAGAUACAUAUCAAUGACCGAAGGAGAGUGCGCAGUAGACAACAUAAAGAGAGAUCUCAAGGGAGUUUUCGGUCUGCCGCGUUUACAUGUUUCUUAUAAAUCACAGUACCAAAUGCUUGAUUCGGAAAACUUGGUUGUCGAGAAACAUCAAGGGGAAAUAGGUAGACGUGAGCUUAAGCCUCUAAAAAAGGUAGAUAUAGCAGGGGGAAAGCAAUCGUGCUCCAUAAAUGAUAUAGCAACACCAUCAAAUGAAACAUUUCCAGUUAUACUUGUAGAUAGUGUAAACAAAAGACUGAUUAUUAUUUCCGUUGAAUAUUCACUGAUAUAUCACCAGCUUGAAUGGAUACCUUGGGGAAUCACUUUUAUCAGCUAUGAAAGUCCAAAUGGUGAAAUAGCAAUUACUUGUCCAUAUGAUGACAGGAUAUUAUUUUUGACUAUCGGUGAAAAUAGUUCUGUUAGUAAGCGUACAUCUAUAAAAGUGGAGCAACCUACUGGAAUCAGAUACCAUGAGUCUGAAAAUGUGAUGAUAAUAGCUGUCAAUAAUUUUCUAAAUGCUAGCAUUCAGUGUUGGUCGCUAAAUGGUCAUUUAGUGAGAACCAUUGCUUCUUUCGAUUACAACAUUGACAAAUUAAACCUUACAAAUGAUGAUCAAAUUAUUUUUGUUCCCGAAUCAAAGCACUGCAUACAGUCGUGUGAUAUGUCUGGCAAAAUGUUAAGAUGUAUACCAUAUAUAGAUGACAAUAUGUGUGGACCAUAUGGUUUAGCAUCUGAUCAAAGUCAGUCGAUCUAUGUAUGUGGAUUCAAAUGCUUGCGAGUGGUUUCAAGAGAAGGGGAAUGGAAUGAACUUCUGACAAGAGAUGACGGAUUUGCAUCACAGUCACUCCUUGUCGGUAAUAGGUCUGAUAGACUUUAUGUUGGACAAGGAAAUGAUAAAGGGUGUACUGAUUUUCUUAUUUUUGAAUUAUGAAAACUUGCAAAUUAAGACAUUGAAAAGGCUUUCAAAUGAA